CGGCUUUUAUCACAUUUCACUCAAAGGUAGCAGCGGUGGCAAAACCUCAAGGGAAAACGCUUCAUAUUUCUUCUCAGACAUUUGUUAGGGCAGAAACUGCAAUGGUAAACUCUGGAUUUCUGCAGACAGUUUAACUUAGCUUUAUUUACAGAUAAGUUGUGUUUCAUUUGUUUGAUUCUGAAGAACAGAAACGAUGGUUGAUCCUACAGCAGAUGUGGCUUUCUCGACUGCAGAGUCCAGCCUGUACAACAACAUCCAGGCGCUUCUCGAAGAGAUGAACAGCCAAAGUGCUUCGCAGAAAGGAAUGCUUAGAUGGAGUCUUCAGAAGAUGUUGGAGGCCGAUCCAUCCUGCAGCGUUUCUUUGGUCAGAGUGCUGGUCAAAGAGCUGGAGAAGCUUGGCACGAUUUCUAAAACACAACCCUACUUGCAUGUCAUCCCAAUGCUGCACACUCUCUACUAUGUGGUUAUUCAGUCAGGUGCCAUGAUUCCUACCAGCCUUUACCAGACAGUGCAUGAGAGCUUAAUGAAACUGUUAACAUUACCAUCGCCUUACUCUGCCGUGGCCCUGAGCACUCUGAGGAGCAUCAAGAUGGAAAUGACCACACCAGGCUCCUUAUAUCAGAGGAGAGUCAUGGCAGAGCAGAACUUGAAGAAUGAGCAUUUCACCUUACGGGAAAAGGUGUUUGUGCUUGCUGACCCAGCUGUGUUUUCUGCUCCGCUGGAAGCAACAGUGAGAGCCCACUUGGAGGUGUCCAGCUUGCUAACGAACACAUCAACCGUUGAGAAAAAUGUGGUGCUACGUGUGCUGCAGGCGGGUCUGGGGACGACCUGCCAAAGCUCCAGACUGGCUCAGGCUCUGGAGGCUUUAGGGGACCAUGUGGUAGAGAAAUAUUUCCAGGAAGUGGCUAUAGUCGUGGAGCAGAGUAUAAAGCAUGGUGCAGGUGGUCGUGCAAACUAUCUGAACAAACUACAACACAUAUACAGAGACAUCUUGACUGCCUCUAAAGACGAAAUAACCAAGACAGAUCAUGGUUCUUCUGUGUGCGGCACUGAAAUGCCCAUUCCGGAGAUCAAAUUCCUCUUGUGGAGAGACGAAGAGGAUCUAUGGAAUCUGCUGGAAAAGUUCACCCUGCGCUGCAGCCCUCACUCUAGUGUUGAUGAAGAAGUGAAAUACAAAAGACAUUCAGUUCAGUCGGUGGACAGUGGGAUAGAGAGAGGUCUAAAGGAGAGUGACUUUGAUGACACAGAGCGGCAUCUAGUCAGAAAUCCUGUGUCUGCAUUCAAAGGGAGAAAUGCCUUUAGGAGAACGAAGUCAUUAGAUGUGAGGGAGAAGACAGAAGCAUUUCCUGGAAGCUUUCCUGUCCUUAAAGAAGACAGAAGGCGUCACAUAGCACGGGUAGUGGUAAUGGGGGACGAUCGUGUGCUGGGAAGACUUACCAGGGCUUAUCACUCUAUUCGAGAAAGAGAGUCAAAACGGCUUAUUUUGACCAAGAAACUGAACCUACAGUUGUACUACAUCCCAGUCACUGCGGAGCCUUCGCUCAGUUCACCUGAUAGCCCACGUCAGGGUGAAGGCAGCUUGUCUCUCGCCUCCUUAUUGGGAAGAGUGGAUCCAUUGUACAACAGCAACAUCAACGGUCUGGGAGCUGAAAUCUCCAAACUGGCUGGAAUGCACUCUUAUCACAGCCAGCCAUCGAAGGACAAACUCUUCCUACUUGACACCCUGUGUUACUACCUUCACUGUGGGACGCAGCCAGUUAACCUGCCGCUCUAUUCGGUUAAGAUGACCCGCUCCAGCUGCAAUGUGAGUUCUGUGGUGGAGGAGGUGUUUGUGUCCCAUCUGGAGGCAGACGUCCCAGAGUUCCGACACCUAAAAGAAAUGUCCUCAAAGAAGCCCUCUGCACACCGAAGGAAGACAGUGGAAGUCUUUGGGGCUGUCAUCUCAGUCAGGUAUACAAAGAUCUCUUUAAGCAAACGAGAAGUUGUAAAGGGAGAAGCACCCAUGGCAUGUGGCGUGGUGAUUUCAUCUGAGCCGGCAGCUCUAACAUCAGGUGAGGAUUACCUGACUGUCAGAUUUGACAGUUUGAACCCGGGAUACAACACAAAGAUCAAAACCCAAAACAUCACUAUCAGGACGAUGGAGCAGCGAACACUCUCCGUGUGUCUGGACAAGGACUCUCGCAGGACAUACACUGAUGUCCAAAGGAUAGAAAUCUCUCCGUGCUUGGUCCCAGGAUGCAGCAUCCGGUCCUGGUUCAGUAUCAGCAACGAUGGAGAGCUGCCGUUGAGCAAGUAUCUGGACACGGUCCUGUCACUGCCAAUCAACACGUUCACGGGUGUGACCCUCUGAGGGAGCUGUCUGCUUCACGUGUGCAGAUAACGCGCAGUGCUGUGCAUAAUGCCUAUACCAAAUUGUGUGUACUAGUGUUCAUUAAGCAUUUGUAAGCAGUAUAUAAACAUUAAUAAAUAGUUUAUAACCCACUAUAAUGUAGUUGUGAGCAGACAUAAGUGUUUAUAAUGUAUUUGUCAACAACUUUAGAAAAGUGAACACUUUUGUAUAAACUGAUAAUGAAUGACAAUACACAAUUGUGUUAUAAUUGUUAAAAAAAAUACAGUACAUUAAAAACACUUAACAAUGUCCUCACAUCUGUUUACAACUACAUUAUAAUGUGUUAUAAACAUGUAUUAAAUGUUUAUAUACUACUUAUAAAUGCUAAAAAGGGGGGUUAAAAUAAAGUGUUACCAGCAUUUUUUCUGUUGUAUUCUCUUUAACAAAAUGCCUUUGUUAUUGUAAUGUCAAGCCCUGGAGAUACUUUCUGUUAUGGUAACUAUUUAUCAUACAAGACCAAAACACAUGCUGGAGUGCUGCAAAACUGUUGCAUGAUGAUUUGAUGCGGUCUGCAAUGUAGAUGUCUGCAUCAGGUUGAAACGCCCCCUUCAUAUGUUCCAGCUAAAUCAAUGUAUGAAGUAAGUGAAGUGAACCUCCAUGAACUGAUGAUCCAUUAAGUGGUUACUAAUCACAGCAGGGGUUCAUGAUAAAUCCUGCAUUAAUUCAUGCAUUAAAUCUAGUGGUGGAAUGUAACUAACUACAUUAACUCAAGUACUGUUUUUAAGUACAGUUUGGACAUUAACAGUGUAUAAAUUUGUUAAAAUGAUCUCCACCUUGACAACACUAAAAUGCAUCACUUAUAAUAGUCCAAUAAUAUACAUACACUGCAUACAUAUGUAACUCUGAAUGGGGCCACUUCAUCCACGCCUGAUUAAAUGAUGGUAAGUCAUGCAUUUGUUGCUUGCUUAAGCCUGUGUUGUGAAGCCUUAUUAUAAAGUGUUUUAUUACACAGCCUGUACUGAUUCCAUGUUUCUUGUAUUACUGCUCAUACGGGAUUGAAUCGGCUGAGUUGUUAAGUUCAUUAUUAUGACAAAUGUUUGCAAUGAGGGAACAAGUAUAAGCAUGAAAAGCAUGUGACAUGAAUUCAUGACAUGUGUUGAAAAUAAACUAACCUUCAACUGAA